AUGAGUUGUCGUGGUAUCACUAGUAAAAUAUUAACGCAAAAGAAGAAGAUCCAUAAAUUGAUUGUUUUUAAUCUUCUAGAGUCUUGUCAAUGUGGUAUAUGUCAUGAAUUUUUAAGUGAGCCAAUGAUGAUCUCCUGUGGUCAUAACUACUGUUAUAAAUGUCUAAAGAAUUGGUUUAUGAGCAAUGCUACUAGAGAACUUAAUUGCCCAAGUUGCCGAGAGCCGGUUGUUAAUGAACCCUGUUUGAAUCUAAUAAUUGAACAAACAUUGAAGUCAUUAUUUGAUAUUCUAAAAGCAAGAAAAAAGAAGAUUUUUAAAGAGGAGAAAGAAAGAAAAGAAUUUGAAGAAUUAUUAAGAGAAAGAUUUGACGAUUCAUAUUACUAUAAAAACGAUAAAGAACAAAGCACACUAUAUGACAAUGUAUUUAAAAAUAGUGCAUUAGCUAUUGCAGAUGUUGAUGAUGAUGGUAUACCGAGAUGUAGUAACUGUCAUUGGGAAUUAGAACCAGAAGAUAUGGAGGAUGAAAAUGUAUGUCCACAUUGUCAUUCAAGGAUAAGGAAUAAUGCAAGCGCUGUAGGAACGAAUAGAUCAAUUAGUUUGAAUGAUAGGCCCAUAAUGAAUGCUCCAAGAGACGACUAUAGUGAAAACGAAUACGAAGAAAUAGUCAAUGAUAUACGGAAUUUCAAUCCAUCUGAUGUAGAAAGUAGUGGAGAAGCAGAUUCUUCCGAUUCUAUAGGUUAUGACCACGAUCGUGACGAAACGCAUAAUAAUGAUAGUGAAGAAGAGCAUGAUUCUGAACUAGAUUCGUUUAUUGCAGAUGACGAUGAAGAAGAUAGGAAUAUUAGCCAAUUGAGUGAUGGUGAAAGAAACCGGAAUAUAUCCGUUUUGCCAUCUGAUGAAGAUCGUGAUAGUGAUUAUUACGAAAAUAAUGAUUCUGAUGGGUUUGUUAGUGGUGAUAGUCUUGCAGAUUCAAAUAGCUCUGGUGUUCAAGAUAGAGCUAAGAGGGAUACUGUUGAGCUAAGUGAAGAAGACGAUGAGGAAGAAUUAGGGAACAAUGCAAAAAGACAAAGAAAAGUUCAUAUGGUUCUGAGUGAUGACGAAUAG